CGAAACGAGCUUUAAUCGACUCGGGCCGGUGCUUCGUUAUCUUCGAUGGCCGGCCAAUCGGCUAAUUAAUUAGAGAAUCGUUGACGCGUGAACGCGUGUGGAAUUCGCGGUGAUCUCGGAUUAAAUCGGGAAUUCGAGACACAAGAGAAGAGAGACGAGUAAAUUUGUAUGCGGGAUACGCAUGCAAAUACGAAGCGUAGAAAUUCGAGAAAUUUCCUCUAUUCUUGAUCUACCUCUACAAAAAUCGUGCGCAGUGACGUUGAAGAGACACAAAGUAAAAAAAGAAAAAGGGAGGCAAAAGAAAUUCGGGAAAAAAAAUAAAGAGAAUACGAAAAGAUGCCGAUUGAUUUUUAUUACUUGGAGUUCAGCCCGCCGUGUCGGUCGGUUUUAUUGCUGGCAAAAGCGAUCGGCGUUCAUUUGAACUUGAAAACGAUCUCUCCUAUGAAAGGGGAGCACAUGAAAUCCGAAUUCGUGAAGUUGAAUCCGCAACACGUAAUACCGACGAUAGACGAUAAUGGCUUCGUUUUGUGCGAAAGCCGGCCGAUUAUGGGAUACUUGGUGAGCAAAUACGCCAAAAACGAUUCUCUGUAUCCGAAAGACCCAAAGAGGAGAGGUAUCGUGGAUCAAAUGCUGUAUUUCGAUAUCGGUACCCUUAACGAGAACGUGGUCAAAUGUUACUACUCGACGAUAUUUUUGGGGGCGCACUCCUUGGACGAGGAAAACGUACGAGCCGUGGAGAGAUCGUGCGAGGUGUUGAACGCGUAUCUCGGCGAGCGCGAGUACGUUGCCGGCGAUACGCUCACCAUUGCCGAUUUUGCCAUCCACACCACCAUCUGCGUCCUGUUGGCAAAAAUUAAAAUGCCGAUCGAUUUUUAUCAAUUUCUCGGAAGUCCGCCAUGCCGUGCGGUUGCAUUGACGGCUGCUGCUCUUGGUAUCGAAAUGAACUUCAAACCAGUUAAUUUGUUGAAUAAGGAACAGUUGAAGCCUGAAUUUUUAAAGAUGAACCCACAACACACGAUACCUACAAUUGAUGAUAAUGGUUUCUACUUAUGGGAAAGUCGAGCAAUUAUGAUGUAUUUGGCGGACCAAUACGGCAAAAAUGACUCUCUGUACCCAAAGGAUGUGAAGAAACGGGCGAUCGUUAAUCAAAGAUUGUACUUCGACAUGUGCAAUUUGUAUAAAUCGUUCAUGGAUUAUGUUAUAUAUCCUGUCGUUUUCAUGAAAAUGCCUAAAGAUCCAACAAAAUACGAAAGCAUCGACAGGGCGCUGUCGUUUCUCGACAAAUUCCUCGAAGGAGAAAACUAUGUGGCAGGAAAGAACAUGACUCUUGCCGAUUUAAGUAUCGUAACCACUGUCUCCACGAUAGAGGUGGUGGAUUACGAUCUCGGCAAAUAUGAGAACGUUGCGAGAUGGUUUGCAAAGGUAAAAUCUGAGAUACCGAAAUACGAAGAGUACAACGACGUUGGAUUGAAAAUGUUCAAAGACUUCGUGAACGAAAAGUUGUCGAGAAAAUAAAGUGAACGAGAUGAGAUAAAAUUGUUCGCUCUUUAUUAUCGUAUGAAAAAUGAUUUUACACGAAUAAAGCGUUCAUUAUCGUUUU